CAUGCGCGCUUGUUUCAACCAACGAAUUCAGACUUAGGCAUAACCUUACCCCAUCCCACUUGUGACCAUACAGUAUAUUUGUAUACGUUCAUUGACAUUAGUAGAUCAGUCGUGUAUAGAAGUUGUUGCAGGGCAGUUUAGAUCAAGAAAUGAGUGAUGCUGAAUUGCAAGAGGAAGAACGAGAGGUCCUGCUAUCAAUCUAUGACGGCGAUGCUGCAUUCAAACAACUCAGUCCUACGACUUACCAAUAUAAAUACGGAGAGAAUGAUGACCUCAAAUCAUUUUUGUUGGAAAUCAGUUGGGGGCCAACAUAUCCCUCCCAGAAGCCAUGUCUCAACAUGAAUACAUUCUACAACAAACACGUUGUACAAGGUGUGAAGGAUAAAAUAGCAGCACACGUUGAUGCCGAAGCAGAGCAAUGGCUGGGGUCUGCAAUGACGUAUACCUUGUUCCAAUCUGUCCAGGAAAAUCUCACCGAUUUACUAGCGGAUCAGCCAGACUCAAUUGACGAGAUUGAAUCUGAUGCCAACAAACUCUCAAUCACUGAUGAAAAUGUUCAGGAUGAAUCAUCGAAAAAAGUUAAAAAGGAACAGCUGACUAAGGCACAGAAACGACGACAAUGGAAUCGUGCUGAUGGCAAAGGAGAAAAGCCUCGUGGAUGGGAUUGGGUGGACAUCGUGAAGCACUUAUCACAGACUGGUUCAAAGCCAGAAUACGAGUCCUAACACAUCUCAUUCUCCCAACUUGUGAUAUUUUUAUGAAUUUGCCGAAAAUAAUCUUUUUUCAACCUACAGCCGCUACUGUGAACAUCCACCAAUUCCCGUGAAUUUGAGGUGAUAAGCUUGUGGUUGAAACUAGAAAUUUGUCAGAUUCUGUUACAGAAUGUAUAAAAUGUGAAAAAACAAAUGAUCAUGUUGAUACAAUACAACAUAAAAAUAUUUUAGUA